CCCUGCUUGUUGUUCAAACCUCGGAGUCCUCUUCCUUGUUGUGUUCCCCUGACUCAUGUGACAGUCAGCCCGGUCUCCGGUUCACGGUGCCACCCGGUCACUGACUUCAAAAUGGGUUUACUGGCCGUGACUCUCGUCCUGUCGGUUCUGUUCACCGGCGCCAGCAGAGCCAAAUACGAACCGACCUGGGAGUCCAUCGACUCCAGGCCGCUGCCGGGCUGGUUCGACCAGGCCAAGUUCGGCAUCUUCAUCCACUGGGGGGUCUUCUCUGUGCCCAGCUUCGGCAGCGAGUGGUUCUGGUGGUACUGGCAGAAGCAAAAACUGAAGCCGUACGUCGACUUCAUGCAGAAGAAUUAUCGUCCAGGUUUCAAGUAUGAAGACUUCGCGCCGAUGUUCACCGCUGAGUUCUUCGACGCCAAAGAAUGGACGGACAUCUUCGCCGCAUCAGGAGCAAAGUACAUCGUCCUGACCACGAAACACCACGAGGGUUUCACACUCUGGGGAUCGAAGUUCUCCUGGAACUGGAACGCGGUGGACGUCGGACCAAAAAGAGAUCUGGUGGAUGAAGUGGCAAGCGCCCUCCGCGGUCACAGCGACCUGCGUUUAGGCCUCUAUCACUCUCUCUUCGAGUGGUUUAAUCCGCUCUACGACCUGGACGCUGCCAAUCACUUCUCCACGAGCUACUUUCCUUACAGUAAAACUCUGCCUGAGCUUUACGAGCUCGUUGUCAAGUACAAACCGGACGUGGUGUGGUCUGACGGGGACGGAGACGCACCUGACAAGUACUGGAACAGCACGGGCUUCUUAGCCUGGCUCUAUAACGAAAGUCCUGUGCGAGACACGGUGGUGACCAACGACCGCUGGGGCUAUGGCACCAUCUGCAAACACGGCGGGUACUACACCUGUGCUGAUCGCUACCAGCCAGGACACCUGCUCAAUCACAAGUGGGAGAACUGCAUGACCAUCGACAAGAAGUCGUGGGCUUACAGACGUAACGCUCCUCUCAGCGACUACCUGACCAUCGAGGAGCUCGUAACGUCGUUGGUGGAGACCGUGUCCUGUGGAGGAAACCUGCUGCUGAACAUCGGUCCGAGACACGACGGGAGGAUCUCCCCAAUCUUUGAGGAGCGUCUGAGGCAAAUGGGUCAGUGGCUGAAGGUCAACGGGCCCGCCAUCUACAACUCGACAGCGUGGCGGGUUCAGAAGGACUCAGUCACUCCAAACGUCUGGUACACUUCCAAACCACAGGAGAAGAGUGUCUUUGCCAUUUUAGUCGAGUGGCCCAAAAACGCAACCGUGGUUCUGAAAGAUCCCGUGGUCACUCAAGGACACACUGAGGUGGAGCUCCUCGGUCACGGGUCUCUGCACUGGGAGCCCGUGAAGCCCAGCGGACUGCGAGUUCUCCUGCCCGCGCUGUCCAGCAUCCAGAUGCCCUGUCAGUGGGCGUGGACGCUGAAGCUGACCGGUGCCACUUAAAGAGGAGCAGACGAUGUUUAAAUCACAUCACGUAAUAUGACUGAUGACUGAUCGCCACUGUUUUAAACUUUUAAAAUAACUCUGCAGGGAAAGAAAACAAUAUUUUACGAUUGUUGUUUUUGUACUGGGAAACUUUUAUGAUUUGAAUCUUUUACAUUUCUUAACUUUGGGGAAACAAAAGUUGUUUUUUAAGGUCACAGCUACACGUGACAAACUUUUCUGCACUUUAUAUAUUUUUAUAUGAUUUGUUUUUUUUGCUGUCUACAGCAGCACUGAUCAAUGUGGUGGUGUCUUUUUUUUUUUAUACGUGAAAGAAUGAUUCAAUAAAAUAAAUGAAACCUUCAA